GCAUGCAUCUCAAGCAAAUUGAGAUUGAUUUGGCGGAAUUGGUUGUCUGGUGAACGUCACCGACCCUAAUGUCUAAUUUGAAUCGACGCGGAAGCAGGCACGUGCGAUGAUCGUGACUACAACGGUCGGAUAGAAACCCCAAGCGGAAUAUAUUUAGGUAGUCCGCUCGUUUUGAAUUCGAGUCUUACGUUUGACGCGGAAAAGGAGCGGAAGACGAUAUGUUGGGAAUGGCAGCAGCAGAAGAGCCGCAGCAAAUGGAGGCGACGUCGUUUGCUGCUGCAGCAGCAGGAGAAGCGGAGACUGCGUUGUUGGUGGCGGAUGCAGAUCCGGAGACUGCGUUCUUGCAGCAGAAGGAUGGAGGAGUGGCGACGGGUGGUGGGUUCGAGUGGGAGGUGUACAAGGAGAAUGUCCGACCGCUGAAGCGCGGCCGCGACGUGAAGCUCCUCAAUCAUGCCCUCCGAUCCCAGGUCGACCGCAGCCUGAAUGCCUCUCUCCUCCGCACCCGCAGGAGGAUGAUCGAGGCCAUCGAUGAGUACCAAGGCGAAGAUCCUCUGCAGCCAUGGCUCAGGUGCAUCAAAUGGGUUCAAGAAUCAUUUCCUACUGGAGGAGAGUGCUCAGGGUUGAUCGUGAUGUACGAGCAAUGUGUGCGCACCUUUUGGCAUGAUGACCGCUAUCGGGAUGAUUUGCGUUAUCUUAGAGUGUGGCUCGAAUAUGCGGAUAGCUGUGCAGAUGCUGAAGUCAUAUUCCAAUUCUUGGAGGCGAAUCAAAUUGGGCAAAGUCAUUCAAUCUUCUACACAUCCUAUGCCAUGCACCUGGAGUCCAAGAAUAAGCUAAGGAAGGCUGAUGAGAUCCUCAAUCUUGGUCUAGCAAGGAAGGCAAGAUCAUUAGUGAAAUUAGAAGAUGCAUACAGGACAUUCCUUGUGCGCUCAACACAAAAAAAGCAUGGCAAUGACGAAGGUCUUGCAUAUCAUCCCUUGCCCAUUCGCAGCUUUGGAACUGUAUUAACUUCAGCAGAAUCGAUCCCAGGAAGACAGCCUGCAGAAAAUUUUGGACAAUCUAAGAGGAUGGUCGCACUACAGAGGAUUGAUACUAAUAAGCCUCUCACCAUAUACAAAGAUGCAAAUACUGGGGCAAACGAUCAAUGCUCGAAUCUGAAAGCCAACGAAAGAUCUUGGAGUACUCUAGGAAGCCGAUCAGAUCGAAGUAAGGAAAAUGUUUCAAUCCCUAAAAAGUGGUCAUCAUAUAAGGUCCCUCAAAAAAUAGGACAAAGAACAGGUUCAGCAACAUCAAGUACUUGUAUUGAGGUGUAUGUUGAUGAAGAAUGUGCAGAAUAUCAAGCUUCUCAUUCAUAUUACAUCUUCCAUGCGGAUGGAGCAACUGUUUCCGAGCUAAUGUAUUCACACUUUUGUAUUUGCAUCAGAUCACCCCCAGCUAAGGUUGCCAAGAAUAUGAAUUCUUCGGUACUGAAACUUCGGCAAGCAACUAGCCAAAACCUAAAGAACGAAACAGAAAUGCUCAAAGUCAAUCCGUUGCGCAAUUUUCAUCUGCACAGCCUCAGAUGAUUGGUCCCGAAACCUGCAGUUGCGUGUUCUUAGGCUCCUCCCUGUUGCCGUUAUAUAUCAAGGCUUGAUGAUGAUUGGCUUCUGCACAUUGGUACAAUCUGGUGCUGAUUGCAAUUAAAAUGUAUGUUAUAUGCAGCUGCAUAAUUCAUUUGUUAGGUGUCUAAGCAGCUUUUUCCUCCAAAGCUUGUAGCAACUGCGUUUUAGCAUAAGAAUAAUUAAUGAUGUAGUCUCUAUUAUGAAGAAGAGGUCUAUACGAAAUCUCCAAAGAAAGUACACUGAUGCAUGGAAGAGGGUAAUCUGCUGUACAUUAACUGCCUGGCCUUCUUGAUGU